AUGUCUUGUACCGAAGAGUCUGAUGAUUAUUUGAGUUAUAAUGAUCCGUUAGAUUGGUUUGAAUAUUUUCCAGCGGCUGCUAGUACCAGCCAAUUGCCUAUCAAUAUUAAGUCUCAUUAUACAUUUGCUCAACAAUAUCCUCCAUUCGAAUUUUCCCCUGAUACCAAGAGUCAAAUUAUGUUAAUAUUGACAAGCAAUGGUUAUCAAGUUGCUGCUACACUAUCAAAAGAUUCUGAAACUCAAAAUCAAACCAAUUUGCCAUUUACUGGUGGAGGUCUAACUGGUAAAUUUAAUUUCGGGAAUUUUCAUUUACAUUGGGGUAGAAGUGGGAGGCAUGGAUCCGAACAUGAAAUUGAUGGACAUAAAUAUCCGGCUGAAGCACAUUUUGUUUAUAAGAAUCUUGAAACUCAACAAAUCGCUGUAUUUGGAUUUUUUUCAUGUUGCUUGUUCAGUUAA